CCCGGUUAAGGCCCCGCUCACCGUCGCCCGUACAAUGGAGGCGGCGGUGGCGGCAGAAGUCGAAAAUGAGGACGGCGACAGCAGCUGCGGGGAUAUAUGCUUCAUGGACAAAGGCCUGCGGAGCAUAUCAGAGUUAUCUUUAGAUUCAACUCUUCAUGCCAUCAAUCUUCAUUGCAAUAACAUCUCCAAGAUCAAAGCCAUUGAUCACAUUUGGAACUUACGACAUUUAGAUCUGUCAUCUAAUCAAAUAAGUCAAAUUGAAGGGCUAACCACACUGACAGAACUACGUACUUUAAAUUUGUCCUGCAAUUUGAUCACAAGAAUAGAAGGACUUGAAGCACUAAUUAAUCUAACUAGACUGGAUUUGUCUUAUAACCACAUAAAUGAUCUUAGUGGGUUGCUGCCUCUUCAUGGACUUAAGCAUAAGCUUAGAUAUAUUGACCUACAUGGUAAUUAUGUAGAUAGUAUCCAUCACUUACUUCAGUGUAUGGUAGGAUUACACUUCUUGACCAAUCUUAUUUUGGAGAAAGAUGGAGAUGAUAAUCCUGUCUGUCAUCUACCAGGGUACAGAGCAGUUAUUCUCCAGACUUUGCCACAGCUCAGAAUCCUAGAUUGCAAGAACAUAUUUGGUGAACCAGUAAAUUUGGCAGAAAUAAAUUCAUCACACCUACAGUGCUUAGAAGGUCUUUUGGAUAAUUUAGUUUCUUCUGAUUCUCCCCUAAAUAUAAGUGAAGAUGAGAUCAUUGAUAAUAUGCCAGUGGUAACACCACCCAUCGAUGAAUUAGCUCCCUUGGAGCAGUUUGCAAGUACACCAGCAAACACCGUUUUGACGUCUUGUAUAUCUGUGUGUCCAUCUUCUGAGCCAGAGAAAAUUAAUCAUGAAAAUGAUUUUCAGAAUGAGAUGAAACUCCAGAAAUUAGAUGAUCAAAUUUUAGAGCUUCUCCAUGAAACAUCUAAUUCUUUAAUAGAUAAUGUUCCCGAGAAAGAGCUCCGACCAAAAAGAGACACAGAUAUAACUUCUGAAAGUGACUAUGGAAACAGAAAAGAAUGCAAUAGAAAAGUUCCUCGAAGAUCAAAAAUCCCAUAUUAUGCCAAAACUAUCCAAACUAUUAAGCACCACAGUAGAGGCAGCAACCCUUUUGUAAGUUACAAUCGUAAAAUGAGACAACCUUACCUUAAAGAAUUAUAUGUAAGAUCAUCUUUAGCAAACUGUCAUAUAUUACGAGAAUCAGAAGAGCCAAAGACUGAAAUAAUUAAAGUAGAAAAAAGUAGCUCAGAAGACAACACUUACCGGUCCCUUGUUGAACAGCUAGACCAAGAGAGAGAGAAGAGAUGGAAAGCUGAGCAAGCUGAAAAGAAACUUAUGGAUUAUAUUGAUGAACUGCAUAAGCAUGCAAAUGAGAAGCGAGAUGUUCAUAGCCUGGCUCUACUUACCACAGAAAGGCUAAAGGAAAUUAUUUUUAAAGAGAGAAAUUCCAAAGCACAACUCAAAGUUAUGGUUCAUAAACUUCAAAAUGAAAUUAAAAAACUAACUUUUGAAUUAAUUAAAGCAAGAGAGCAACAAGACGAUCAUCUUACACACUUAAGAACCCUGGAAAAAGCUUUAGAAAAAAUGGAAAGGCAAAAAGGGCAACAGCAGGUGGCACAGAUGAGACUUAUCCAAGAGGUAGAGCUCAAAGCUUCAGCUGCUGAUAGAGAAAUAAACUUACUUAGAACUUCCCUUCAUCAAGAAAAGGAACAAGUGCAACAACUUCAUGAACUUCUCACAUUGAAAGAACAAGAACACAGGAAGGAACUUGACACAAGGGAGUUUUUUAGUGAUGCUGAGUUUCAGGAUGCGUUAGCUAAAGAAAUAGCCAAAGAAGAGAGAAAGCAUGAGCAACAUAUAAAAGAAUACCAAGAGAAAAUUGAUAUAUUAAACCAGCAGUAUAUGGAUUUAGAAAAUGAAUUUCGUAUUGCUUUAACUCUUGAAGCAAGAAGAUUUGAAGAUGUUAAAGAUGGUUUUGAAAAUAUUGCAACUGAGUUAGCAAAGAGUAAACAUGCUCUUAUUUGGGCUCAACGAAAAGAAAAUGAGUCGUCUUCUUUAAUUAAAGAUCUGACUUGUAUGGUGAAGGAACAAAAAACAAAACUUGCAGAAGUUUCCAAAUUGAAACAGGAAGCAGCAGCAAAUUUACAGAAUCAAAUCAACACCCUUGAAAUUUUGAUUGAAGAUGACAAGCAGAAGAGUAUUCAAAUAGAACUUCUCAAGCAUGAAAAAAUCCAGCUUAUUUCCGAGCUAGCAGCCAAGGAAUCACUAAUUUUUGGUUUAAGGACAGAAAGAAAAGUCUGGGGACAUGAGCUGGCACAGCAGGGAUCUUCUCUAGCCCAAAAUCGUGGAAAAUUAGAGGCCCAAAUUGAAAGUUUAUGUAGAGAGAAUGAAUCUCUGCGAAAAGCAAAUGAAAGUGAUAGUGAUGCAUUAAGAAUAAAGAGCAAAAUCGUCGAAGACCAAACUGAAACCAUUAGAAAAUUAAAAGAUUGUUUACAAGAAAAAGAUGAACAAAUCAAAAGAUUACAAGAAAAGAUCACUGAAAUAGAAAAAUGUGCUCAAGAACAACUUGAUGAAAAAUCUUUACAACUAGAUAAUGUACUUGAGAAAUUGGAAAGGCAUAAUGAAAGAAAAGAAAAAUUAAAACAACAGUUAAAAGUAAAGGAAUUAGAACUUGAAGAAAUUAGAAAAGCUUACAGCACCCUUAAUCAGAAGUGGCAUGAUAAAGGAGAACUUCUAAGUCAUCUUGAAACACAAGUAAGAGAAGUGAAAGAAAAAUUUGAAAACAAGGAAAGGAAACUUAAAGCAGAAAGAGACAAAAGUAUUGAACUACAGAAGGAUGCAAUAGAAAAGCUUCAUAGUAUGGAUGAUGCCUUCAAAAAACAAGUUGAUGCAAUUGUUGAAGCUCAUCAAGCUGAAAUAAUACAACUGUCAAAUGAAAAACAGAAAUGUAUUGAUUCUGCAAAUUUAAAGGUGUAUCGAGUAGAAGAAGAAAUGCGUGGACUUCUGGAAGAAACAUGCAAGAACAAAAAAGCAAUGGAAGUAAAAAUUAAGCAACUUGCUUUUGCUCUAAAUGAAAUUCAGCAAGAAAUGUGAUGGUUUGGGAACAAAUAUAAUUGAAA